AUGUCUACAUACACAAACACACACCAAAGAGAAAGAUUGACAAUCAACGAAAAGUUCGGUUUUAUUCCUGGUCUUUUAGGACCGAAUGCAGCGAUGGCGGUAACAGAGGUUGUCGAGAAAGUGAUUGUUGAACAUUACGAUAGCCAAUUAAGAGAAUUGAUGGCCGAUGAUCCAAAAGCAAAUGAAGAUAUGAUCAAGACAAUUAGUAAAUUUCGAGACGAUGAACAACAUCAUCACGACUGUGCCCUUGAACACGACGCUAAAUUGGCUCCCGGGUAUCAACUUCUCUCGUCGGCGGUGGAAAACAUUUGUAAAGUCGCUGUUAAAGUAGCGGAGAAAAUUUAAUUUUCUAAUUGUUUAAAGAAAA